AUGCUCGUUUCAUCUUCAUCCCCGUUUCGUUUCAACCCCGUUAGGUUUUCGUCCCGUGUCGUGAUCCCCGCGCCAUCCCCGUUUCGUUUUCACCCGUUUCGUUUUCAUCCGGCCCUUCUGAUCCCCACGCCAUCCCUCUUUCGUUCUCAUCCCCGCUUCGUUCAUCCCCGCUUCGAUUUCAUCCCCGUUUCGCUUUCACCCCGCGCCGCCAUUCCCCGGUCGAACAUAUCCAGCUUCUUUGAAGGUGUCAAGAGAGAAGAGGUGAUCUCCCUGAUGAAUCGUCGAUCUAUGUCGGCCUUGGUUGAGCUCGAGCAUCCGAUCGUAGCUGCGGAACAUUGCCGGAACCAAUGGGUGCCUAUAGCACGCGACGCAGGCUGCCAGCACCUCGCCGGCGGCUUGCGCAAGAUACCCCGUCUGCAGAAGCUGAGCCUCGACUUGUACAACAACUCCGUCGGCCCGGGGCCUCAGUGCCCUCAGCUCAGGUUCAUGCUCCCGGUUUGGGAGGGUCGGAUUGAGGCCCGCUUGCAGCCAUUUUCGGAAGGAUUGGGAGGCGUGGAGGGAGGCCGCUGCCUGGGCGGCGCCGUCGGCGAACUCCCGGAGCUCCAGGAGCUGACCCUGAACUUUCGCAGGAACGAGCUCGGCGACGCAGGCUGCCAGCACCUCGCCGCCGGCUUUCGCAAGAUACCCCGUCUGCAGAAGCUGCGCCUCGACUUGUGCGGCAACUCCGUCGGCGUGCUGGGCGGCGCCGUCGGCGAACUCCCGGAGCUCCAGGAGCUGACCCUGGACUUUGGCGAGAACGGGCUCGGCGACGCAGGCUGCGAGCACCUCGCCCGCAGCUUGGGCAAGCUGGGAAAGCUCCAGAAUCUGGUCCUCGACUUGAGCCGGAACUCCCUCGGUCCGAAAGGCGGCCAGUGCCUGUCCGGCGCCCUCUCCCAACUGGCUCACCUGGAGUCCCUGGUGGUGUGGCUGCAUUUCAACGACAUCGGCCCCGAGGCCGGCCGAUCCCUCGCCACCGCCUUGGGCCAGCUCGCCCGGCUGAGCACGCUGAAAGUGGGCCUGGACGGCAACGGGCUGGGCCCGGAAGCUGCCCGCGCGCUGGCCGGCGCCCUCGGCCGGCUCACGCAGCUCCGGGAGCUAUACGUGGACCUGGAGAACAACGACCUCGGCGAAGAGGAAAAGAAGGAGAUCCGCGGGCUCCUGGAGGCGCUCCCGGCCGCCGAGAAGACGUUCUACGUGUGA